GCAGAGUGGGGAUGAUUGUGCUUAUUAAUAUGUCUUCGUGGAUGGUGGAUACAUUUGCUCUAACGCCGCAAAUGUAUCAAGCAAUCCCUGGUUUAAUCUGCUGCACUGUCGUAAUGUAUAAAUUGCUGAAAUGGAUGGAAAGAAGGAGCUAUUUAGCGGCGAUAGAGAAAGCGCGUACAGACAGGAAGAAAGCAUUGGGCGGUGUGGAAAAAGCUGUGCUAGAGUUCAAAGUAUCGGGCAGAUCUAGAGACACUGAAUCUGUUCUGUCUCUAUCCCUUCUGGAGCUCCAUGAACAAUUGCAGGAUGGCUCUCUUUCUCCCGAUAGUGUGUUGUUUGCUUACAUGGAAAAGGCUUUGGAAGUCACUAAACUGCUGAACUGCGUCACAGAAUUUCUUCCAGAAUGUCAAACACAGCUUAAGAAUCUCAGUGGGAAGAAGAAAGGACUUCUGUAUGGGAUCCCUGUCAGCAUUAAGGACAACAUAAACUACAAGGGUUAUGAUUCAACAUGUGGACUGAGGAAAUUCUUUCACCAGCCUGCAACCAAAGAUAGUGUCCUGGUCCAAGUGCUGAAGAAACAAGGGGCUAUUCCUUUUGUGAAAACAAAUGUCCCUCAGUCUCUGCUAAGCUAUGAAUGCAGUAACCCUAUUUUUGGGCAAACUGUCAACCCACAUGACCACAAACGCACGCCGGGCGGGUCAUCUGGUGGAGAAGGGGCCCUGAUCGCAGCUGGUGGUUCGAUCCUUGGCCUUGGGAGUGAUACUGGCGGCAGCAUCCGGGUGCCAGCUGCAUUUUGUGGAAUCUGUGGCUUCAAGCCAACUGGGAAUCGAUUGAGCUCUCAAGGAAUCAGAGUGUCUCUACCUGGACAAAAAGCUGUUGAUGCGGCAAUUGGCCCAAUGGCCAGGAAUGUGGAUAGUUUGGCAUUGUGCAUGAGAGCUCUGUUAUGUGAAGAUAUGUUCCUGCUGGAUCCCACUGUACCACCUAUUCCCUUCAAUGAUGAGGUGUUUUCCAGCUCUAAACCAUUGAGGAUAGGUUAUUAUGAGAGUGACGAGUUUUGGAUUCCCAAUGCCAGCAUGAAACGUGCAGUAAUGGAAACCAAACAGCUGCUGGAGGAGGCUGGCCAUACGCUGGUUCCCUUCAAACCUCUGAGAACUCAAUCUACACUCAAUGAACUUAUUAUAAAUGGAAUGUCAGCUGAUGGUGGCUCUACACUUUUUGAAAAAUUAAAAGGAGACAUCAUCGAUUCGACUUUGAAAGAUCUGUUAUUUGUAAACACAGUGCCUAAAGUACUAAAGAAGAUCCUGUACAUGUUUCUGAAGCCAUUUAGUCCUAGAAUUUCUGAGACCGUCAAGUGUUUGGGUGGAGUAAGAUCAAUCUAUGAACUGUGGGAACAGCAUAUUGCAAGACAGGCAUACUGUGAUGAAUAUAUAGAUGCUUGGAAAAGCGCAGAACUUGAUGUCUUAAUUUGCCCAGCAUUAGGUCCAGCCCUCAUUGCCGGAUAUGCUGGAAAAGUGACAGCUACAGCUUCCUACAAGAUUAUUUUUAACCUAUUAAAUUUCCCAGCUGGUGUUGUGCCAGUUAGUACAGUAACAGAGCAGGAUGAAGAGGAUUUGAAGAGCUAUGUUGGCUACUGUAAUGAUCUUUGGGACAGAACUUUCAAAAAGGGUGUAUCAGGAGCUGUUGGUCUUCCAUUAGCUGUGCAAUGUGUAGCUCUACCUUGGCAGGAUGAACUCUGCCUGCGUUUGAUGAGAGAGGUGGAAAGAGUUACUCAAAAGAAGAAGGUUGUUUAACUAGAUCAGCUGCUGGAGCAAGUUUUCAAAUCCAGCUGCUUCCAGUUGAACCAUCAUGUACCUGCUGCUCUACUUGGUGGGGACAAAGCAACAAUUUUUGGAAUUAGCUGCAUAAUGUGGCACUUUAUCUACUUGGGAUUAAUUAAUAUAAUCUAUGGAUUUAAGGGGUAAAUGUAGGGGAAUGGAUCUGGGUGGGUUGCGCUUUGGCGGGUCGGUGUGGACUUGUUGGGCCGAAGGGCCUGCUUCCACACUGUAAGUAAUCUAAUCUAAUCUCUCAAAAUAUUGUAAUCAAGAAUAUCCCAAAGUGAAUAAAUUGGUACUUAGUUCCACAACAUUAAAA